AUGUUUCAACCAACAAGCUCAAGCAUCUGUAGAAAUCCACCUGGUCGUGAGGUUAAAUUUUCCUGGAGAGGUGAUUCGUCGUGUCAAGCCGUGUUGUGUGUCACACCAUCUGACACUUUGGCGCUGGUUUUAUCACAUGAUGUAGUCGUUGAAAUAACGCUGCACAAACACAUCCGUAUUUGUCGUAUUGGUGGAGUUGCGGCAACUAUUUGUAGUGGUGGACGAGUCGCUGCCGUGCAUCAUCCAUCCAUUGAAAUUGUUCAACAAGAAACACAGGUGUUAUUUGAUAUGGUACAAGGCGCACGGGUUCGGGCUACCAGUGAUACCGUCCACGUGCUUGGCGUGAAAGGAACGGAUCCAUCGACGAGAGUGCAUUCUAUAACGAAGCAAGAAAUAUUAACUCAUGAAAAUAUAUCUGUAGCAACGGACAAAUUUUGUUUACGUCGUGAUAUCGAUGCUACAGUUGCAUUGUUUCUGGAUGAUAUUGGUGGAGGUGAUGUGCUUGGCAUCUAUGAAGAUAAGCAUGAACGAUGUAUGCUAGCAGCUCGCCAGGCAAUUGUGGAUCAGAAGGGUAAUCAGCUGAGUGCGAUCGUCCAAGGGGUUAAGGUGAAACAUGAUAUGGACAAUGGUAAUACACGAAUUUAUUGUGGACGCAAUUUCAUUUCACUAUGUGUAUCCACUCAUGCCUUGACGUUACAUUCACCAUGGGUCGAUAUUAAUGUUGACCGCUGGUCACGUACUCGUUUACGUCGAGGUGAACAAAUCAUUGAAACGAGUAGAAGUCGUUUGCAAAUCAGUCAAAACAGUAUGCAUGCCGAUUUCACAUUAAGUCCUGUUGCAUCCGCUGAUGAAUUGUCAUCAUCAAGUGAACCCAAAGAUGACGACUUUUAA